UGAACCCGGCCGCGAGUUCAUCAAGCUCAGCCCCUACCAGCGCCGCUGCACCAUGAGCCACGGGGCCAGCCCCCGCCUGGCCGAGUCCCCGCAGCUCUCCAAGGGCAGCCUGCUCACCAUCCUGGGCAGCCCCUCGUCGGAGCGCAGCGGAGAUUCGCUACCGUCCACGCCACCCAGCGGCACGCCCUCCCCGGGACCGCCGCCGCCCCUGCCCCUGCCGCUGCCGCUGCCCAUGCCCAUGCCACCGGCGCCCGCGCUGCUGGCCGACGGGGACUGGGAGAGCCGCGAAGAGCUGCGGCUGCGGGAGCUGGAGGAGGCGCGGGCGCGGGCGGCGCAGAUGGAGAAGACCAUGCGCUGGUGGUCGGACUGCACCGCCAACUGGAGGGAGAAGUGGAGCAAGGUGCGCGCCGAGCGCAACCGCGCGCGCGAGGAGGUGCGCCAGCUGCGCCAGCGCCUGGACGCGCUCACCAAGGAGCUGGCGGGCGCUCGACGGGAGCGCCAGGAGGCUCAGGGAGAGUGCGAGGCGCGGGGCCGCGAGCUGGCACGGCUUCGGGGCGCCCGCGAAGCCCCCGAUCGGACCCCCGACGGUCCCGAGACGGAGCCCGAGAGGGAACACGAACCGGUGCGCGACGUCGGGUCGGAGAGGCCCCAGGGCAGCCAGGACUUGGAGCUAGAUGCCCUAUUGAAGAGCAGACCAGAGGAGCCUGAGAGCAGCUGGGAGGCGCGAGGCCUGGGGACCGGGUCUCGCAGGGGCAGCACAGGACGCCUGGAGCGCAGCCGGCUGCCAUGGGAGGACCCCACAGCCAGUGAGGAAGAUGCCUCCAGGUUGACCGCACUGCGGCUGCGACUGGAUGAGUCUCAGAAGGUGUUGCUCAAGGAGCGCGAGGAUAAGCUGGCACUGAGCAGGAACAUCGAGAAGCUGGAAGGGGAACUUAGCCAGUGGAAGCUCAAGUACGAAGAGCUGAGCAAGACCAAGCAGGAGAUGCUCAAGCAACUCAGUAUCCUAAAGGAGGCUCACCAGGAUGAACUGGGCCGUAUGUCCGAGGACCUGGAGGAUGAGCUGGGGGCACGAUCCAGCAUGGACAGGAAGAUGGCCGAACUGAGGGGUGAGAUGGAGAGGCUGCAGGCGGAGAACGCAGCCGAGUGGGGUCGUCGUGAGCGGCUGGAAACAGAGAAGCUGGGCCUGGAGCGUGAGAACAAGAAACUCAGGGCACAGGUAGGGGAUCUGGAAGAGGCUCUGGCCCGGCGGCGGCGGCAGACAACCAGCGCCCUGGACUGCGACCUGCGAGCCAGCCAGGCCGCGCUCUUCGAGAAGAACAAGGAGUUGGCAGACCUGAAGCAUGUGCAUGGCAAGCUGAAGAAGCAGUUUCAGGAGAAAGUGGCCGAGCUGGCACAUGCUAACCGGAGGGUGGAGCAGCAUGAGGCCGAGGUGAAGAAGCUGCGUCUGCGGGUGGAGGAACUCAAGAAGGAGCUGGCCCAGGCAGAGGACGAGCUGGAUGAGGCCCACAACCAGGCACGGAAGCUGCAGCGGUCUCUGGACGAGCAGACGGAGCACAGCGAGAACCUUCAAGUGCAGCUGGAGCAUCUUCAGUCCAGGCUCCGCAGGCAGCAGCAGAACGCCCCACUGUUCGGGAAGAUCCGCAGUGCUCGCUUCGGUACCGAGGAGGCUGCGGAUGGAGCCAGUGACUUGGACGAGGAUGAGGACCUGCAGCUCCAGGUGGCCUGAGCAUCCUGCCCCACACCCUAGGCUGGCCCCUUGUGGUGUCCCACACAAAUGUACUGCCCCACCAAAGAUGAGGACUAGUUAGGGUCCACAAGUGCCUGCAUAUACGGAGGUGCCCAGGCUUGGCACUAGCGCAGGUUCACUCCAAGAUUAUUCUGGUCUUGGUCCCUGGCCACCAAGGCUGUGGGUUUGGGAGAGCCCCUAACUGUACAAUGGACACUCAGUCUUUUGUAAUAAAUGAAUAUGAACCAGAA